AUUUGAUCAUAAAAGAUAGCAUGAAAUACCAGUAUUUAAGCAUAUUAGAAACCAAUAUUGCAUUCCAUAAUUAGAUCUGAUUGAUGAUCAUUUGAUAACUUUAUAUACAAAUAAAAUUAUCAAAGCCUUAAAACAUAUAUUUUUCAUACUUUAAAAUUUGACAAUGUAAGCUUUAUAUUUAAGCAAAAUUUAUUUUGACUUAAAAUAUUUUCUAUUAGAUUAGUGUACCAUUGAUGCCCAUUUUAGAAGAAUGUAGUACAACAACACAAGGCUAUCAUAUUCAGACUUUUAGAUUACAACCACCAGAUUCACAGUCAGGUCAUAGACAAUGGAAAAAAUGGGCAGUUCACUCUGGCUUUGAUUAUCGGUUAUGUUAUGGUGAUAUUACACUUACUUUUCUUCAUAAACCUAAGAAACCAGUUUUUGAAUCACCCAAAUUAAAAAAGAAGUCUUUUGUAACUUUGAAGAAAACUUCUGAAUUGGUUAAAAAGUCACAAGACAAAAAUAUGACUAAAAAAUCAGGAAAUACUGAGACAACCAAAAGAUUGACUGAUAUUACAUCAACAGAAUCAGCAGCAGAAUCAGAAGAUGAAUUUGUUGGAAUAGAUGGAAAUAUAGCAAAAUAA